UGUUUAAUAAAGCUCUCUUUUCCCGCGGGUUGGGUGCCGGGCAGCUGCGGUCAGAGAGCUGGACACACAGGAGGCCAUGGGGCCGCAGACUAUCUCGGGCUGCGCCCCAUGCGGCGACUCGGCUCCGAGCUCCGGGAAGUCUUCAGUCCCCAGCCCCAGCCCUUCCCCCACGUCCCCGGCUCUGCGGAUCGUAAAUAGCCGAAUUCCCGCGGAGCAGAGGUCGAGUCAGGUCCGGGGAACUGAAGCCUCGAAGGCCCAGAAAGUCCCUCUAAUGCCCCAGGGUGCCCGUAGGCAUUUUCUAGAUGAUGUCACGGCCUUCACUCUGAUGUCACGUUGAGCAUCUGACGUACGCAGCCCCCAAGCCUAAGAGCCAGAGUCCUCUGACCGAAGUUACGAGGUUUCUCUCGGUGAAGCCACUAGUGCGAGACCUAGGGCUGGGAAUGGGGGUCUAGAGGUGGUACCCCUUCCCCUUCCUCUGGCCCAUCUCCUUCCUCCCCUUUCUAGGUUCGCGGAGGCUGGGGAGGGAUGGGAACGCCUCCCGCGAGCCCCGCCCCGCCCCGCCUCCGGGCCGCCGAGCCAGGAAGCGCGGAAGGAACCGCCGGGGGCCAUGGACGGGGCCGUGAUGGAAGGGCCGCUGUUUUUGCAGAGUCAGCGUUUCGGGGCCAAGAGAUGGAGGAAGACCUGGGCGGUUCUCUACCCGGCCAGUCCCCACGGUGUCGCGCGGCUCGAGUUCUUUGACCACAAGGGGUCGAGCUCUGGAGGUGGCCGAGGGAGCUCGCGCCGCCUGGACUGCAAGGUGAUCCGUCUGGCAGAAUGUGUGAGCGUGGCCCCCGUGGCGGUGGAGAGCCCCCCUGAGCCUGGCGCCGCAGCUUUUCGCCUGGACACCGCACAGCGAUCCCACUUGCUGGCGGCCGACGCGCCGUCCAGUGCAGCCUGGGUGCAAACGCUGUGCCAAAACGCCUUUCCGAAAGGCAGCUGGGCCCUGGCACCUGCCGAGAACCCACCCAAGCUUUCUGCCCUGGAGAUGCUGGAGAACUCGCUGUAUAGCCCCUCCUGGGAAGGAUCCCAGUUCUGGGUAACGGUGCAGAAGACUGAGGCCGCUGAGCGCUGUGGCCUGCAUGGCUCCUAUGUGCUGAGAGUGGAGGCGGAGAGGCUGACUCUUCUGGCCAUGGGGGCCCAGAGGCAGAUAUUGGAGCCACUCUUCUCCUGGCCCUACACUCUGUUGCGUCGCUAUGGCCGUGACAAGGUCAUGUUCUCUUUUGAGGCUGGCCGCCGCUGUCCCUCCGGCCCUGGAACCUUCACCUUCCAGACGGCACAGGGAAAUGACAUCUUUCAGGCAGUCGAGACUGCUAUCCACCGACAGAAGACUCAGGGAAAGGCUGGCCAGGGGCAGGAUGUUCUCAGAGCUGAUUCCCAUGAAGGAGAAGUGGCAGACGGGAAGUUGGCUUCCUCCUCGGCCCCUCUGGAGCUCCCAGGCAGCCCUCCAGCCCUGUAUGCUGAACCCUUAGACUCCCUGCGCAUUCCUCCAGGCCCUUCCCAAGAUUCCCUGUACUCAGACCCCUUGGACAGCACCCCUGCUCGGGCAGGGGAGGGGACACAGUUAAAGAAAGCUCUCUACUGGGACUUGUGUGAGCAUGUGCAGCAAAAGCUGAUAAAGGCCAAGUUGACAGACCCUAAAGAAGACCCCAUUUAUGAUGAACCUGAGGGCCUGGCCCCAGCCACCCUCCGGGGCCUUUAUGAUCUGCCUCAGGAGCCCAAGGACGCAUGGUGGUGCCAGGCUCGGGUGAAGGAGGAGGGCUAUGAGCUCCCCUACAACCCUGCCAUGGAUGACUAUGCUGUGCCGCCCCCUCGGAGCACAAAGCCCUUCCCAGCUCCCAAGCCCCAGGGCCUGGCCUUAUCUGAAUCUGGUGCUGCAGCUGGCAGUGGCAGCCAAGGCCGUAGCUCAGACACUGCCCUGUACAGCCAGGUCCAGAGAAGCGGGGCCUCAGGGAGCUGGGACUGUGGGCUCUCUGGAGCAGUGACUGACAGCACUGGGGCCAAGUCAGAGGGUUCCACGUGAGACCUGGGUGAAGCUGAGGCUGCUGACAGGAGGACCAUGGGGAAGGAGCACGGGGUCAAAGAAACCUGUUAGAACCAGCAGGAACCAGAGGGGCCUGUGUGCAGAGACCAGGGUACAAGGGGAGUCAAGGGAAGGACGAUCUGUCCCAAGAAGUCAUGGAAGUGGGACAGAGUCAUAAAGGGGCUCAGGGAUGGGAUCUGGGGGAGGCCAGCACCUCUAAGUCAUCCCCACCAAAGGAAGGGAUAGCUGCUGGAGCACAACUAUAGAAAAGGGUAUUUGGUCAGAGGAGGUGUGGUUUGAGAGGCUUGUAUGCACGUAAGGGGAGACGCUGAGCUGUGUCAGGAUCCCUCCCCCUUCAUUGUUCUUUACCAUAUAUAUAUAUAUAUUUUUUUUUUUGGCGGGGGUAAGUUUUAUUCUCAUUAAAGUCAGUUUGGAUUUAA